AUGGAUUCUCGCAGAGCCAAAACAAAUGCAAUUAUAUUUCGGAUAACAGGCGAAGAAUCUUUCGAAAUUAUGGGUCGGGUAUAUACAGACAAUAACAUUGGCUGGCGAAAUUUGAAGGGUGAGGAAAAUUUUAAAG